GGGAGAGGGAUGGAGAAUGGAGUCGUAGAGGGGAAGGGUAGAGAGAGAAUUUGAGGGAGAGAGAAAGGUGUCGUGGUCGUGGAAAUCCUUCAGCUCUACCACCGCUUCGCCGUCUGCGCGCCCCACAGCCAUGACGGAGGAGCAGAGCAUCCCUAAGCCGCCCGAAGAGUCCUCUUCAUCCUCUAACGCCAGCAGGCAGAGGAGAAAGAGAAAAUGGGAUCAACCUGCUGAGUCAAUAAUUUCAGCUGGAUUACAUAUGCCAAGUGUUUUUCCACCCAGUAGCAUCGCUGUUGCUGCUGGACCCACCAUUCCAGUUGUUGCUUCACCUUCCAUUGCUCUUCCAACGGUUUUGCUUCCUACAAAUUCCACAUCUAUACCACAAGUUUAUCAAGCACCUCUUGCAUAUCAGAAUGCUGCUUCAGUAGUGCACAAGCUGAACCAAGAGGCAACAGCAAAAGUAGUGAGUUUGCAGCCAAAAAUUCAAGAUGAACUGAUUGCUCGAGAAAUUGUGAUAAAUGAUGCUGAAUCUACCAUACGAUAUAAACUCACAAAGCGGCAGACUCAAGAAGAGAUCCAGAAAUGCACUGGUGCUGUGGUUAUAACUAGGGGAAAAUAUCGUCCUCCAAAUGCAGUACAGGAUAAUGAAAAGCCAUUGUAUCUUCACAUUUCUGCUGGUGCUCAUCUACACGACACAGCAGAAAGAAUUAAAGCCGUUGACUCUGCGGCUGCAAUGGUUGAAGAGAUCAUGAGACAAGGUCAACAUGGACAUCCUGCAUUGGCUCCCUUCCUCCCAAUAGCAAGUACCACAAGCCAGGCAACCCAACCUCUAUCUGCUUCCUUGUUCCUGGGAUUUGAAGCGGAUCCAUCAUUAAACAUUGCUGCACGGAUCCGUGGCCCAAAUGACCAAUAUAUAAAUCACAUUAUGAAUGAAACAGGAGCAUCUGUUGUACUGAAAGGAUGUGGUUCUGGCAAUGCUGAUGAUGUCAAAGGUGAAGAAUUACAGCCUUUACAUUUAUAUCUAUCAAGUAAUAAUUUGAAGAGCCUUGAAGCUGCUAAACUUUUAGCGGAACACCUUUUGGACACAAUCAGCAUGGAAUGUGGUGCUACAAGGGUAUCUACAAGUAAGGCUUACAAUGCAGUUCCACCCCCUCAACAGUUGCUGGUUGGCGUUCAAACCUCCAGUGCAAAUGAAGAAAAUAAAACUUCUGACAGGAUUGUUUCUGCCUCAGCAUGUUCUGCUACCACCUCUACUGCAUUAUCAUCAUCUUCUGUGGUUGCUAUUUCUCCUGCUAUGGCCGUGGUCUCUACAGUUCAUUCCCAGGUGAUAGGUCCACCUGGGGUUGUCAAUAUUGGACAACCACAUCUGAAUACUGCUAAUUGUUGUCCACCUUCAUUCACUGGAACAAACUACAAUGGAUAUGGAGGAAUUUAUCCGCAGGCUACACCAUUGCAGCAAGUUGCACUUGCAUUGAUACAGCCACCCAAUCAAGCGCCUCCAGUGCAAGGUCCUUCAUCAGAUGCCGGCACGAAAAGCUCAGAACCUGAAAAACCUCAAUCUGAUAAGCGGUCUCACAGGAGGAAGUUUCAGGAGCUACCUACUGAAAGUAAGAGAUCUGCAGGAUGUCAUAAGAAUGUCCAUUUGCUGAUUUUUGCUGCUAAUAUUCCAGGUAUUUUCUCUCUGACCUUCUAUGACGCUGACAGGCUGGUCCGAGAUUCUAUAUUCCACAUUCGUUUGCAUGUUUCACAGGAAUGCAUUUUGCGGAGGUGCCAUGCGCUACAGGGUGGCCAUUGUAGUUUUUUCCAGGAUACUGUUUAUGGAAUUUGGUCAUGCCAUUCAAGUCAGUUGAGCUAAGAUUUGACCUUUAGCUGGUCUUAGGUCUUAAGGAAAAAUUUCUAAAAAAUGAUCCUAUAUUUUUUGGUUUACAGUUUCAAAAGUUGACCUAUGAAAGUAUGUCGUUGCAGGAAAAAAAGGAAAUUUUUUUUCUUCCUUAGGGAGGAGUGAUGGGUGCAUGCAGUGUGGAAACUGUUAAGUGUUUUUGUUCAUUUGUGCAGUCCUAGUGAAUUUUUAGGUUCGUAGCUUUUCUAUUCAAGGGGAAUCAAUGCCUGGAAGCUUCAUUUGCAUGCAUGUGUUUGUCUGACUCAUCGUGUCAGGUUCAUGUGCAGUUUUAACUUUUAACAUCUUGAUAAUCUUUGAGCUCACUUAAUAGAUUUAGAUGACCAGUUUAGUUUUUUUCCUUUUCCUUUGUGGUAUAAGGCAGAUAUGAAUCUUUCUUCUUCUUUUUCCUUUUUUUUCCCCAUCACUUACAACAGGAAACAGAAUUUCUUAAGCCAGGUAAUUCCUCAGAGUAUCAAAGCUCAAGAAGUCUUCUGAGUAUGCCACCACCAAGGAAGUUGCUCCCUCCAUUUGCUAAUGGAAUGCCACCACCCCCUCCAAAAUUUCUGCCACCACCCCC